AUGAUAAAUAAAAGAUAUUUCGAUCAAGAUACCAAAACUAAUUUAACGUGGUUAAUAGAUACAAGGGAACAUUGUUCGAAUGGGGAAUUGUAUUGGAGUAAAACAAAAACCUGUGUCAAAGCACAAGAUAAAAAAAAAUUAUGCGGUGAAAAUAGCGGUCAGGAAUUAUUGACAAACGUUUUUGGAGAAGGUGAAUGCAUGUGUACGAGAGACCCACUACGAGUUCGUAUAAAUAGGGAUACUACAAAACGUUGUUACCCUUUGUACACACAGGGGCCAUGUGGUGAGGGUCAAAUCGUAGGAUAUUUGGAAAAAUUCGAUCAGGUUUUAUGCAUACCUGAUUACUGUUACGAAGAAAGUUUAUACAGAAGAAAAAAUAAAUUAAUUGGAAAAGAUUCGAUACUCGCACCGUCAGAAAAUGGAACCUGUUACGAAUUAGGAACUCGAGGGCCUUGUUUUGAGGGAUUCACAUUCAAGGUACACUCGUCUCACAUGAAACCUGAAUGCGUAUCAUUAACAAACAGCCUAUUCGAAUUGGACAAAGAUCAAAAUUGUUUCGAAGACGAACAAGGAAAAUGUCAAAUCCAAGUUAAAUUUAAUAAAAGCGAAACGGCGGAAAAUUAUAAAAAAGAACUUUAUAAAAGAUUUAUCGGAUCGAGAAAAAGGCGAAAUGUUUAUCCUUAA